GGCGAGGCGAGGCUCCGCGCGCACCACGGGAGGCCCUCCCGGACCGUCCCCCAGUGUUUACCAGGACAGCCAUGUAGCCAUGCCACAUCAGAUUCCCUUCACAGUCGUCUUCGCCUCAGGCGAGGAGGAGCGACACCCAGCCAGCGAGCUGAAUCGCCAUGAGCCGACGGUGCGGGGCUGGCAGUCGUCGCGCCACUGCAAGUACCCGCAGGAGCUGGUGCUGCGCUUGCAGCGGCCGUCCGCCAUCCGCCGAGUGCAGGUCCUCGCCCACCAGUGCCUGAUCCCGGAGCGCAUCGAGCUAUGGGUCGGCACCGAGGACAGCUGGCGCGGCGGUGGCGCGCAGAACGGCCACGGGCACGCCGGCGGUGCGGAGGCACCCGAGGACGGCGACGGCGACCGGGACAAGGAUGAGGUCGACGCAGACGCGACGCCCUUCCAGUACCUGGGUUUCAUCACCCUCUCUGACAACCAGGGCACGGGGUUCAAGUCUCGCGAGCUCAAGUCGGUGAGCGUGCCGCCCUGCGCGGGCAGCUACCUCAAGAUCCGCCUGCACCGCAACCACUCCAACCAGUACAACCGGUACAACCAGGUGGGCCUCAUCGCGGUCAACAUCCUCGGGGACGAGACGGACGCCGUGACGGCCAGCAACGGCAAGCUGAGCAGCCCCGCGUCCGACGGGCCCGGCCAGGGGCAGAAUCAGGGGGGCGAGAACACGCCGUACGAUGACCUCGCCUUCCAGAUGUACGUGGACCAGGACGCGGGCAAGAUCAUCCGCGAGAUGGAGGCAAGGAAGGCGGUCGCAGUGCAGGACGAGCGCUUCGAGUACGCGCGGAAGCUCAAGGCGGCCCAGGCGCAGCUACACGCGGCCGGCGAACGCCUGGCCAGGAUGACCCUGGACAAGAGGGCAGCCAUCGCGGCGGAGGACUUCGGCAGGGCGAGGACGCUCAAGACCACCAUAGAUGAGCUCCGGGAUAGACUGUACAAGGAGCUGGCCGUCGACGACCUGUUGGAAAAGAAUGGGCUUGUCGCGAGGAAUGACGAGACUCCAGACGAGGAAACUGUGGACGGAUCACGAGACAAUGUAGCAGUGAUUUCCAAAGCGAUCGCGGAGGUGGAGCCCGAGCAGGUCGUGGAGAGACGCUUGCCGCUGCCACCGUCCUCACCCCUGCACUGCCGUAGAACCGCCUCACCCAGCCCCACCACCACCAGGCCCACCACCCCGGCUAGGUCCAGCAGCGGCCUCCCGAGGCCAGUCGUCAACCCUCCUGCCAAAGAAGCGCCCCCAGCUCUGCGGGGCGGCGGCCCAGUGGCCUCGGCUCAGCGCCGCCGCCUCAAGUCUGCCCCCGCCACCCCCGUCAGCGCGCUCGGCAACGCGGCGCACUCGGGCGGGUCCGGGGCGUCCACGGGCGCGGCGGGCUCCUGCACCCCCACCGCCAGGAGCAGCUACGAGGCCUACGAGGAGCGCGCGCUGCCUGCACUCCGACAUGGGCCCAACCCCGACCAGGAGCACUCUGAUCGCCCGCGCUCCAAGCUCAACGAGCGCGAGCGGAAGCAGGCUGCCCUCCCCAUCUCCGUGUUUGGCGUCGAAAUGGUGGAGAAAUUCUAUUCGAAACACUUCGCGGACAAGGAAGAGGGCCUCCGCCGUCUCCGCUCCGAGCUGUGCGACGAGGGCCGCGCGACCCCGCAGCCGAACAAGAAGGCCAGGGCCGCCAUCUUCCUGCUGCACCGUGCCCUCAGGGACAAGGUGUUCUCGGUGUACAGCCUAGCCGCCGAGGUCAUCCGGUUGUUUUUCACGCACUUUGUGCCCGACAGGGUUUCGCCGGCAGAAGUGGGCCGAUCUGUGGACCGCUUGCUGCCGGAGCUGCUACUCAAGUCAGGAGACUCGACGCCUCGGAUCCACAACAUGGCGGUGCACACCAUCCUCAGCAUGGCGGACGUGGAGCAAGUCAGGUCGCUGAACGUGAUCCCCGCCACGCUGACGAGGCCCCUGCAGGCCGCCACGCACCCGCGCCUCGCUCUCAGCCGGCUCGAGAUGGUGGAGCAGCUGAUCCUGAGCCACGGUAUCUCGCAGCCCGGCACCGGAGGGGCGCGCGGCAGCAGCGCCGGGGCCGCCGGCCGCGACAGGGCGGGUCCGGGGGGCGCCCGGGAGGGCAGCGGCAUGACGUGCCGCACGCUGGCCGAGCUGGGCGCCCAGGGCCUGCAGCACCCGGCCGAGGCCGUGCGCAAGGUGGCCGAGAGGAUCCUGGUGCUCGUGUACCGCACAAACCCGCGUCUCGUCCGCAAGCAGUUGCCCCCCGACGACGACAUCACGAGGCGGAACUUGCUCUACCGCCAGCUCUUCACCGACUUCGACGCCAUCGACGUGCAGCGGAAACGCGAGAUGCAGGAGCGGCAGCGGGAGGAGAGCAGCGGGUCCGGCUCGCCCGCGCCGCGGCCACCCGCGGGCUGGGUGCCGCCCUCCUCCAUGAGCGCCUCCUGGCACCAGGGCCAGGGCGGCGGUCUCGCCGGCCUCCCCACCGCCACACUCUCCCCCGCGCCGUCGCCGCGGCCUGGGCUACGCCGCCAUGCCGCAGCCAUGAGCUCCUCCAUGAGCGCGUCCAUGUGUGCGUCCUGGACCAACGGCUCCACCGCCAAGAGCGGCUCUUCGUCGUCCUCCUCGGGGGCGUCCUCGCUUGCCUCGCCCACCGAGGCCACCGCCCAGCCCCCCAUGGCGCGGCGCUGCGCGGAUGGUGACGGCGACGUCAAGGCCUGCGACUUCUGCGGCGCAGUGUCCGAGAGCUUCGCGUCGGGCGAGGGCCUCAACUCGCACUACUGGAGGGCGUGUCCGCUGCUCACUCGCUGCAACGAGUGCCAACAGGUGGUGGAGAUCGCGUGCCUCGCCACGCAUCUCACAGAGGAGUGCGAGCUGCGCGCGCUGUACCGGCGGUGCGGCGGCUGCACCGAGGCGGUCCCCCUCCAGCGGAUGCAGCUGCACGUCUCGUCGUGUGUCCCCCUGGGCGCGCAGUGCCGCCGCUGCCCGCUGUGCCACUCGGACGUCCGGGAUACGGACGCCGCGUGGCGGUCGCACCUGAUGGGCCCCACCGCCAAGCUGUGCGCCGCCCACCCCCGCCUCAAGUACGCCCGGGCUGUCCGCGCGCCCGCGCCCGCAUCGGCCCCCGCGGCCCCAUAGCCCCGGCCCGCGCCGCCCCCUGCACCCUCCCCGGACUACGUGUUCGUCACCAGGAAAGUGCGGUUCGCCGACGGCAACGUGACCGGCAGGCACCAGAACACCAAAUGCAUGGCGACAAGGCAGUAGGCAGGCGUGGCGCGCGCAGCGGAGUGCUGACCUCUGACCUCGACGGCAAGAUGUGAAGGACUUUCGACUGCUCCGCUUCAAGCGAUGGACUGAAGCCACUCCAAUCAUUGCAGCUAUCCUUACUUCAAGCUUUCAGACUCUAAUUCAAUGUGAUAAGUUUAUGUCAAUGGAUCUGGUAUGUGCAGUCUGAUUGAAAGACUCUUGACCUUGCAAAG